CUCUAUUUUAUCUAUUUUCUUUGUUUACUUGGUUUGUGCUGGGCCAACUUGUUGCUGGUUUACUCGUGGUGGGUUUCAAAUGUAUAAACAGAAGUUGUCUUCUGUGUUGUCCACGUGGUGGCGCUGUUGAGUAAAUGCGUAGCCUCCUGAAACUGUGGUCUCCGGUUCUGCAGACACCGGCCGUUUCUCAAUAUCCAUACUUGUGCGUACUUGUGCGUACUUGCUAGAAAAUCCACGGCAUGUGGAAGUUAUAUGGCAGUUUUUUGUGAUUUUUGUCGCCAUGGUUACUUGAAACGCUUAGUAAUAGUCAUAUAACACAAGUCCCGGUCGAGCCGCACGUUUUGAUAUAACGUGUGGGGGUUUUCUCAAAACUGUGGGAGGAGUUAGACGUCAAAGUUUUGGGUGGAAGAAUACAGAGAGACUGACAAGCCCCUCCCAAAGUCCCCUCUGCUCCUUACACACGCGCACACACACGCACACACACGCCUGUCUCUAUCUCUCCAAAAUCAGCAGAGAAAGCAGAGAAAACAGCAUGUUUUAAAGUUGUCAUAUUUCAAGAACGGUUGAUGAUAGAGAUACAAUUUUUGGUUUGUGAGCGUCAGGAGGCUUUCGGCAACUCCCACAUUUAAAUUUGUGACAAACGGACGUUUUAUAUACUGAAAAAAAUGCUAGAAAAUCUAUAUAAGGUUAGUUUUGCUUUUCUGAGGCAGAAUUGUUCGGAGAUUCGGCAAGAACACAUUCUCCCGAGCUGCUGCAGAGCUUGGUUCUGACGCCUGACUUGUGACUAAAUCAAAUCCCUUUGUUCGGUACAAGUCCUGUGUCAGUGGGGUCUUCUCCUGCAUCAUCAACUCAUCACCUAUCGUUCAUAAGAAGAAGGAAGCCUGACAAAAACGACAAAAACGAUAAGCUCCGCCUCUGCGGACGCUCGGCGCUCACUGUGCCCGGCACAGAGCAGCGUGACCUCGGCCUGUCCUGAUGAAAUGAUCCGCUGGCUCAGACGUCGCUGUCAUUAGAUGCUCGGUGUGAUCCAUAGAUUUGUUGUUGACGUGUUAUUUUGUUUUUAAUGGAAACGUUUUGACCUGACAGUUUAAAAGUUUGUAUAUUGUUAAUGUUUUAUUUAUUUUAACUUUGAAUGUUAGAUUUAUAUUAAAGUCGCACGGUCAUUGUAUCUGUAUUUAAAUAUAAUAUGUAAAUAUUAGAUAUGUAGAAUAGUAUAUAUUUGUACAAGUCAUAUAUAUAUACAUAUAUAUACUACUCUACAAUGCUGUAAUAUAUCUAUUUUCCACAUUGUAUUAUUCGUGUUGUAUAUUUUAAUAGAAAUAAAUUAAUAAAUGAAGUUAAAUAUUUAAAAUGUAAAAAUAAUAACAACAUAUAUAUGCAUUUAUUAAAAGUAUUUCAUAUGUUCAUUUAUCAACACCGUAGGUGGCGCUAAUGAGGCUGCAGCACUGCAGCACUACAGCAGAACUACAGCAGAACAAUACAUACAUACUUGCAUACUUGAGUGUUGAGAAACAACCACAUACUUGUGUACUCCCGUACUUGGCAAGUAUAUACUCCCAGCGUUCUUCUCAAGUAUAUACUUCCCAAGUAAGCAAGUACAUACUUGCAUACUUGAGUAUUGAGAAACAGCCACCGUCUUCUCUUUGAAACACACCUGUCCUUGUAGUUCAUCAUUGUGUCCACCAGAGUGCGUCAUUAAGACAACAGUUUGGACUCAUGUUGGACAGAAACUCAUUCAGACUGUUUCUUCCUCCAGGAUGGACCAUGCUGGAGAGCAGAGGUUAAAACCUGGUGUCAGGAAGUAUUCAUGUGAACUGGAACUGGAGACAAACACAAUGAACAGAAAACUCAAACUGUCUGACGACAACAGGAAAGUGACCUGUGUGACAGAAUAUCAGUCGUAUCCUGAUCAUCCAGACAGAUUUAAGUUCUGGUCUCAGCUGCUGUGUAGACCUGGUCUGACUGGUCGCUGUUACUGGGAGGUCGAGUGGAGAGGAAGAGUUGAUAUAUCACUGAGUUACAGAGGAAUCAAGAGGAAAGGCAUCGGUUCUGACUGUUUGUUUGGACGUAAUGAUCAGUCCUGGAGUCUGAUCUGCUCUGAUGAUCGUGGCUACUCUGUCCGUCACUGUGGGACACGAACACCCAUCAUGUCCUCUGUCUCUCACAGAGUAUCAGUGUAUGUGGACUGUCCUGCUGGGACUCUGUCCUUCUACAGCGUCUCCUCUGACUCACUGAUCCACCUCCACACCUUCAGGACCACAUUCACUGAACCGGUUUAUCCUGGGUUCCGGGUCUGUCCUGGUUCCUCAGUGUCUCUGUGUCCUCUGUAGGACAUGAAGAGACAGCAGCUUCAGUGGUGGACGAGGUCAAAGCUCGUCUCAGUCAUUCUUUGUUGAAACCAUCAAUAAAUAAAGACUUAAAAAAUCAA